UUGUCCUGGGAGAUUAGAAGUCUGCAGCUACGUGGGUUUCGCCGCUGGCUUGCUGGGCAGCUUUACUGGCCUGGCACUAGAAAAACACCCCAACUCCCCGAUGACAGCAAAGCAGAUUCUGGAGGUCAUUCAGAAAGAAGGCUUAAAAGAGACAAGUCUGGUUUCAGACCCCGGCAUGGCUUGGAGACAGCGUUGGUGUGUAUGAAGGCUCUUCCUGGAAUGAAGGAUUUGGGACACCUUUCCAUGAUGAUUGUAUUAGAGCCUCAGCUGCUUUCGUGGUGGUCAUGAGGUGAUGCUGAACCGAAUGCUUGAACUAGCAGGAGUGGCUGGGAUUGCAUUGGAGUGGUUCCGUUCAUUCCUUCCGGAAAUGGAACCUCUCCCUUAGCCUGUCUGAAUGCCAUGCUUCACACUAACACUCGAAUAGGGGAUGGAACAUUCUUCAAAAUCCCUGGAAAGUCGGGCCUUUAUGCUCUCAAAAAAGAGGAGUCAUCAUGCCCAGUGGAUGGAACAUUGGAUCUAGUCUGUGACCCAGACCUGGAUGGAGCUGAGAUGGCCGAGGCCAGUGCCAAUGGAGAGGAGAACAGGGUGUGUACGAAGCAGGUAACGGAUGAAGUAUCUUCCACUCGAGAUUGCAGCCUUACGAACACGGCAGUGCAAAGCAAGCUGGUGUCUUCCUUCCAGCAGCACACCAAAAAGGCCCUGAAGCAGGCUUUGAGGCAGCAGCAGAAAAGAAGAAAUGGAGUCUCAAUGAUGGUGAACAAGACUGUCCCUCGUGUUGUUUUGACACCAUUAAAGGUGUCUGAUGAGCAGUCGGAUUCGCCUUCAGGAUCUGAGUCUAAAAAUGGGGAAGCAGACAGUUCAGAUAAAGAAAUGAAACACGGGCAAAAAUCUCCCACUGGAAAACAAACAAGUCAGCACUUAAAACGCCUAAAAAAGUCUGGUUUAGGACACUUGAAAUGGACCAAAGCUGAGGACAUUGACAUAGAAACCCCUGGCUCUAUCCUUGUCAACACUAACCUGAGGGCACUGAUAAAUAAGCACACAUUCGCCUCGUUCCCUCAGCAUUUCCAGCAGUAUCUCCUGCUUCUGCUCCCAGAAGUGGACAGGCAGAUGGGAAGUGAUGGAAUUUUACGCCUCAGUACUUCAGCUCUAAAUAAUGAAUUCUUUGCAUACGCAGCACAAGGGUGGAAACAACGACUGGCAGAAGGAGAGUUUACCCCAGAAAUGCAAUUAAGAAUAAGGCAAGAAAUUGAGAAGGAAAAGAAAACAGAACCUUGGAAAGAAAAAUUCUUUGAGAGGUUUUAUGGAGAGAGAUUGGGCAUGUCCAGAGAAGAAUCUAUGAAGCUUACUACUGGACCAAAUCAUGAAGGAGCUGAAGGGAGUUCUUCACAUGGGGACUCUGGCAUUCCUGGUCCUUCUGCUCAGAAUAUAUUAGAAGAACAGCAACCAAAAAUCAUGAAAAGUUCAGCUUCCUUGGAGCCUGAAUUCUGCACUACCGUUUGCCCUAUGACAGAGGUUCCAGUGAAGGACAUGAUGACAGAAUCAGAGACAGAAGACAUACUUAUCCCGGAGGAAUCUGUGAUUCAAGAGGAAGUGGCAGAAGAGGUAGAGACAACUAUCUACGAAUGCCAAGAUGAAGACCUUAAGACAAUUCCUGAGUUUUCUGAGGAGUCUGAAAGUCCUGCCACAUCUUGUGAAGAACCCCAGGUAGCAGCCCCGGAAGACAGCUUGGAGUCCUGUGUUGUAAUGAAUGAUAUUUUAGACACUUUACCUCACAUUGAAGUGAAGAUAGUUGAGAAAUUAGAAUGUCCCCAGGAAGAAAUGUCAGUUGUUAUUGACCAACUAGAAAUCUGUGACUCUCUUCUUCCUUGCCCUUCAUCUGUCACCCAUGUCCUUGAUGUGGAACAGAAGGAGCAAGAAACUACCAUAGAGACCAGUGCCAUGACCCUGAGAGCAGGGCCAUCUUCUCUAGAAAGCCAACUUCCAAAUGAGGGAAUUGCUGUGGAUAUGGAGCUGCAAAGUGACCCUGAAGAACAGCUCUCUGAAAACGCUUGUAUCUCUGAGACUUCCUUCUCCCCUGAGAGCCCAGAGGGAGUGUGUGCCAGCCUUCCAUCCCCAGGUGGGGAAACACAGUCCACAUCUGAAGAGUCAUGCACUCCAGCUUCUCUGGAAACAACAUUCUGUUCUGAGGUGUCCAGCACUGAGAAUACAGAUAAAUACAACCAGAGAAACCCCACUGGGGAGAGCCUUCAUGCAUCUCUGGUGUCAGAAGUCUCUCCACUAGCCACCUCACCUGAAAUCUCAGAAGCAUCUCUUAUGUCCAACUUGCCUCUGACGUCUGAGGCAUCACCAGUAUCCAACUUACCUCUAACGUCCGAAGCAUCUCCAAUGUCUGAUUUACCACUGACAUCAGAAACUUCUUCAGUGUCUUCCAUGCCUCUCGCCUCUGAGACGCCUUUUGUAUCCAGUUUGCCAAUUCCUGCAGAGACUUCUCCAAUUUCUAAUUCUUCCAUGAAUGAAAGAAUGGUGCAUCAACAGAGAAAGUCGCCUUCAGGAUCUGAAGAAGAAGCUAUCUCUCCACAGAAAGAGGAGCCUUCCAUCCCCACCAAGUCCCUGGGAGAGAACCUCAUCUCCCACCCAAAGCCUUUGUCCACCAUUCCAGAGCCCAUCAACAUGAGUUCUGCCAUGGUGCCUGAAGCUCUUCCAACUGAAGAAUCACAUAGCCAGACUCUGAGUCAGGAGCCUUGUAACUCUCGCGUUGAAAUGGAGAAGCUCUAUGCCACUUCCAUCCCAGAACUUCCUUCUACAGAAAUGACAAAAGUUAAAAACCACGGUGUUCUGCAAAGAACUGAACAGAAAGGGGUUUCUUCACCAUUGGAAGUCCCUGUCUUUUCUGAGGAAACAGAGACCAAGGGAAAUGAGCUCCCUCCAGCUAAACUACAGGACAAGCAAUAUGUACCAUCAGUAGAUAAGGCUACAUUUUUAGAAGGCUCAAGAAACAAAGUACAUAAGCAGAGCAGUACACUGAAUCGAUUGGAGACCUCGCAUACUUCCAAAAUAUCUGAGCCCUCCAAGUCACCCGAUGGGAUAAGAAAUGAAAAUAGAGAGUCAGAGAUAUCAAAGAGGAAAACUGUGGAGCAUAGCUUUGGAAUAUGUAAAGAAAAAAGAGCUAGGAUAGAAGAUGAUCAGUCAGCUCGGAGCCUAGCAUCCAGCAGCCCUCCUGAGAGAGAACAACCACCACGAGAGGAGCCCAGGGUUCCCCCUCUCAAGAUACAGCUUUCUAAAAUUGGGCCACCUUUUAUCAUUAAGAGCCAGCCAGUCUCCAAAGCAGAGUCAAGGGCAUCCCCUAGUACAUCAGUCAGCAGUGGGAGGAACACGGGAGCCAGGACUCUUGCAGACAUCAAGGCCCGUGCUCAACAAGCCCGGGCCCAGCGUGAGGCUGCUGCAGCUGCUGCGGUUGCAGCUGCAGCGAGCAUUGUCUCAGGAGCCAUGGGAAGCCCAGGAGAAGGUGGAAAGGUGAGAACCCUAGCCCACAUCAAAGAGCAGACCAAAGCUAAGCUCUUUGCGAAACAUCAGUCCAGAGUCCACCUCUUCCAGACCUCCAAGGAGACCCGGUUACCUACUGUCAGCACCAAGGAAGAAUCUCUCAAUAUGGAAGCCUCUCCUACCCCUGAGACAAAAAUGGAAGGCUCUACAGGAGUCAUUAUCAUCAAUCCAAACUGCAGAUCUCCUAGCAGCAAGCCUGCACACAUCCGGGAGACCACCACUGUAUUACAGCAGCCUCUGAACCCACCUCAGAUUCCAGAAACUGCCACUGACUUGUCUGUACAUAGUUCUGAUGACAACAUACCUGUGUCACAUUUAACUGAGAAAAUUGCUUCAUCUACCUCUUCAGAAAAUAGCAGUGUACCCAUACUUCAUAAUAAAAGUCCCAUCAACCCCAUCCCUAUGUCUGUCUGCAGCACUGCUAUGUCGGGAGCAAUUAAAGAGCAUCCCUUUGUGAGUCCUGUUGACAAAUCUUCUGUCCUCAUGUCUGUUGACAGUGCAAACAGUACGAUUUCUGCUUGUAAUAUAAGCAUGUUGAAAUCCAUCCAGGGAUCUGACACUCCAUGCAUUGCCCUUGUACCAAAAUGUAUCAACAGGACUCCUAUACCAGCUGCUCCAGAAGGUACCGGACAGUCAAACUCCAUGGAUGGGAAGGCCCUGCUGGUACCCAGUAGCAAGGCUGCUAACGUAAUGUCCAAUCAGUACACUUCUGUGCCAGCUCCCACCAUUGGAAGUAAUUUGCCAAACCACCUCUGCACCAGCUCUGUCUUGAUUCCCCCCACAGGGAUUAAUAACAGAUUUGCUUCUGAGAAGAUAGCCAUGCCUGGGAGUGAAGAACAGGCCACCGUGUCCAUGGGUGCCACCGUGAGAACAGCCCUCAGCGGUGACGAUUCAGUGGCCGUCACUGAUUCACUGGUUCCGCGCCCGCCCAUCUCAAUGUUUGCAGGAAACAUGCUCACUGUAAACUCUUACAACUGUCCUCCCAAAAUAAGUGGGGAGAGCUUGGACAACACUUCAGGGCCUCGAAACAAAACAGACAAUUCUGAGAAACCUCAGCAGCCACCAGGGAGCUUUGUCCCAGCGACCAUAAACAGAUCAAUUCCUUGUAAAGUCAUUGUGGACCACAGCACGACACUGACCUCCAACUUGUCUCUGACGGUCUCCAUUGAAAGUGGAGACUCAAGCUUGGAUUCCCAGACUAGGUCAGUGAGGACAGAUGUAUCCAUCCAGCCUGUGGCAUGCCCUCAGGUGUCUGUCAUCAGUAGACCUGAGCAGGCCACAAGUGAAGGACUUGACCAUAGUUCUGUUUUCAUUGCUGCUCCUGCGGCCAAACAGGACUGUAAGACAUUGCAGGCCACUUGCACUGGUCUCCGAGAGCUGCCCCUUACUCUUUCAGAUAAACUAAAUGAAGUGAACAUACCUGUUCAUGGCUUUGCUGAGCCAGCACGAAGCUCAAGUACUUUCAAGAGCGAAACAGACACAACCUGUAGCAAUCAAUAUAACCCAGGAAACCGGAUUUGCUGGAGCGAAGACCCAGUGAGAAACACAACACAGCCCGUGGUUAGUCAUUCAGGCUCAAGUAAACAGAAAGAACAUGCAGAGCACACUGGCCUGAAGGCUGUGAAAACGGAGCACGCCAACUAUGCACACGUGUCAGAUCUCCACCCUAGGAAUCUCAUCACGAAUGUCAGUCUUCCCGUGAAGCCCGAACCUCAUGAAGUAGACAAGGGCUUUAGAAUGGACACUGAGGAUUUUCCUGUCCCUGAGCGUCCUCCUCCAGCCACAGAGGUGACAAACAGUGCUAGUGUGCAACAAACACAGGCCACAAAGCCUUCCACCACCAGCCCCGUGCAAGAGGCUAUCUCCUUGGCCGCAGACAACCUGAAAAGACUUCCAAGCGCAGGCAGCUCAAGCUGCCGCCUGUCUUCUGUGGAAGCUAAUAACCCACUGGUGACGCAGUUACUUCAGGGCAACCUGCCUCUGGAAAAGGUGUUACCACAGCCAAGAUUGGGAGCCAAACUUGAAAUCAACAGGCUCCCUCUGCCCCUUCAGACUACCUCAGUGGGUAAGACCGGGCUGGAAAGAAGCAUGGUUGAGAUGCCAUCCAGCUCUCCAAAUCCAGAGGGUAAGGGCUAUUUGGCAGGGACUCUAGCACCAGUCCAAAUGAGAAAGCGAGAAAACCAUCCCAAAAAGAGAGCAGCCAGGACAGUGGGAGACCAUACUCAAGUUAAAUGUGAGCCAGGGAAGAUGGUGAUGGAGCCCGAUGUCAAAGCGGUACCCUGCGUCAUCAGUCCAGGCAUGAGUCAGCUAGGACACAGCCAGUCAUUUAAGCAGGAACGGCUUAAUAAGCCCUCCAUGGCCAACAGGAUCAUGCCCAGCCCUGAGGUCAAACAACAAAAGCGGCUGCUGCCUGCAUGUAGCUUCCAGCCGAGCCUGUUCCACGUGAACAAAAAUGAAGGCUUCCAUGCUGACACUGGUACCUCACAUAGACAGCAGUUCUACCAAAUGCCCAUGGCUGCCAGGGGACCCCUUCCCUCUGCUGCUAUGUUACAGAACUCUCCCAAGACCCCAGUGGGCUGCAAUGCAUUUGCCUUCAAUAGGCAUCUUGAACAAAAAACAUUGGGAGACGUGAAUCUUCCCACAGCACCUCACCAGCUAAGACUAGCCAAUAUGUUGUCCCCCAACAUGCCUAUAAAAGAUGGCGAGGAUGGGGGAGGCAGCACCCACACAAUGCCAAGCAAAGCGGUGGUCCAUGCUCCGCUGCCACCUCCACCACCCCCUCCACCACCACCACCCCCUCCACCCUUGGCCUUGCCUCCACCACCCCCUCCACCCCCUCCACUACCUCCACCUCUUCCCGCUGUAGAAGUCCCAUCCGAUCAAAAGCAACCACCGGUUACCAUGGAAACCACUAAGCGACUUAAUUGGCCCCAGUCCACGGGCAUAUGUAGCAAUAUCAAAUCAGAACCUCUUUCUUUUGAGGAAGGUUUAAGCAGCAGCUGUGAACUGGGCAUGAAACAGGUUCCAUAUGACCAGAAUGAAGUGAAAGAGCAGCUGAAGGCAUUUGCAUUAAAAAAUGCAGAUUUUUCUUCCUACCUGCUCUCUGAGCCCCAAAAGCCUUUUACCCAAUUAGCUGCACAGAAACUACCAGUACCCCAGCAACAACCGCUCUGUGGAAGUUACCCGACGAUACACUUUGGGAGCACAAAUUUCAAAAGGGCAGCCUCUGCCAUCGAAAAGUCCAUCGGGAUUCUGGGAAGUGGUUCCAGCCCCGCCACCACCACCACCACGGGUCUGGCAGGUCAAAACCCUCAGAUGCCGGUUCAGAACUUUGCAGACAACAGCAAUGCAGACGAGUUAGAGCUGAAAUGUUCUUGCCGGCUCAAAGCCAUGAUUGUGUGCAAAGGCUGUGGGGCCUUCUGCCACGAUGACUGCAUAGGUCCAUCCAAACUUUGUGUAGCUUGCCUGGUUGUCCGAUAAGUGAGCUGAGUGAAGGAUUUGGCACCUCCACCCUGCACCCCAAAUUUUUAACAUGAAAAAGCCUAACAUAAUUAGCAAGGAGUCAAGUAAGGCAUUGGCUUCUGUGCCAGCAUAUUUUCAUUGAAAAGUAAGUCAUCUUGGUUUUUUUUCCUAAGGGAUUAUUUUCUUACGUUUCUCAUAUAGGGGAUGAUGGCAAAGCACGGGAAUGAAUGGCUUUUGCCUGUUCGGUCACGAUUCACAGCUUGGUGUGUUUCUGUGUAUACAGGUCACUGCCUCAUGUUUUUUCAUUUUGACUUUUUUUUUUUCUUGCAACCCAGGCCUAGACAGUUAGAACAUCAUGAGUUGUCUAAAGCAGCUGUUGAAAAACUACGAUAAGCAUGAUCUGAGCUAGGCGUGUGUCCUCCCAUAGCUCAACAGCACAGCGAGCAUUUCUGCAGGAAUUCUGGAGGACCUAUCCUUAACCAAUGGUUCAAGUCAUAAUAGGAAUGGGAGCCUGCUUUAAAAAUCUGAUUCCUUCUGUUGCCUCUAAUCACAGAAGGUCCAUGAAGGAUGUGUCUGUGGAGUCCACUGUCCCAGACCUCUUUCCCCCCUUCUUACUCUUUCUCAGAGACUGGGCGAAAACCUAAGUUGGCUUUGGAUUUUGCCCACAAAUUGUGGUUGAAUACGUAUUGCAUCUGAAUUGACAACUAGACUUCAUUCGAUAGGUAGUCUGAUUUUAGCCCUUGGAUAUUUAAUAAUGUAAGAUCCAUUGACUGAUAAUCAUGGGCCGAGUAUUGUGGUGUUCCACAUGUGGCUUUUAAGAGCAAAUCUGAAAAUCUGUGCCCUACCUGAUAUUGAAAUCAAACAAUAAAACAUUGUACAUGCAUUAUGGUGGGCUGACGAGAUAAAAUAUUAGCCAUUUUACUCACAAUGGAAAUACCACAUGGAAAUUGGGGACACAUGGAGUGGAUGCAGCCCUCAGUCAUGCCAGGGUACCCUGGCCUUUCCAGAGAUUGACCACCUCUUUUCACAGGUAUCAUUGAUGACAGUGACUACAGAAGGCACUAUGAAUGGUGACAUUUUUCAGAUCCAUUUAUUCCCUCUUGAUUCACAAUCUAUAUAGUUGCCUUCGACUCUGAAGUAACUUAUUUAAAAAAAAAAAAAUGCUCCCUCCUGCAUGUGUUGCUGUUUUCAUUCCUCAUAGCUAUGAGAGGAACUGGAAAGGGGAUGCCGCACCUCACACAGUUCCCUUCAAAGUUCAUCCAGUAAAAACUGAGGAUUUGAGCUCCUCCCAUAUACUGACUCCUUGCAUUCCAGACACAGCUGUGCUUGGCAAGAGGCUUGGUUCCCAAAAAGCAAGCUCAAAAGCACAGGCUCACAACUGGAAGACGAAAGGAAGGAGAAGUACACCCAGUUAAUUCCAGAUUCAGAGCACAAAACACAGUGCCAUUAGCCCAUUGUUUGUGCCUAUAGAAUUAAAAGAAUUCAGAAUGGAAGAAAAUUAUGUGUCCAGGGUAAGAGUGAAAGGUAUUUUCAUGUGGGAUCAAUGUAAACUUUUUUGACAUUCCUUGAAAAUGCAUCUUAAAAGUUAACCAGAAUGAGUAGAAAACACAUUCCUGAAAGAAACAAAAGCCACGCUUAAAAAAUCAUAACCAACUACAGUGGGUUUUUCCCCUUCUAAAUUUAUUAUUGUGAUGUUGCCAAAUUUCUUUAGGUGACAGAGACAUUGUUUUAACAAAACACUGAAUGUGAAAGAUCCUUUAUCUUAAGACAACAAAGCAAAGAAAGGCCUGCCUAUGGCUGAUUGGGGCUCUGGUCCUGUUGCUGCCUUUCCAUAUUAAAGCUAACAGAAUUGACAAUGGAGAAAGCCAAUGGUGGGCUUAACCAGCUACACCCCAGGACUGCAGUCUUAAGGCUGGGGUGGUGAGCUGCCUGCCUUGCCAGGGUGUAUCUGCAUGCUGUGCUUAUCAGUGAUGCCCUUAUGGUCUGCAUGGGUAUCAUAUCAUCUUAAUUUUGAAGAUUAGCCUCACAGCUGGUCACCCCAAUACACAAUGACACUUGCAUGCCAACCCCUUCCUAUUUAAUCGCUGCUAUUCCAGCGUCAGAUACUGUCUACACCAGCAGAUUCUGAACUACAACGUCAGUAGCUGACACCUGUUAAAGAAACCCAAGUCUACGAAGCCUUUGCACUCUGUAUGAGAGGAACAGUUGAGGCUGAAGGGAUAUUGAGCUCAUUGUCAGUUGCACCUUUGUUGAGUACUGCCUGCCAAUUGCUUCCUGGGAAUAACGAAAAGUGUCCUUCUGUAUGUUUGGAUUUUUCACAUAGUAAGUUUGGAAAUUCAAAUGUUGAUAGUGCAUGGAUUCUGUCACCCAAGUCCAAAGAUCAUAAUUUUUCUACAGCUUCCUCUUUUCUGCCCCAAUUUAAAUUCUCAAUGUUCUCUUAUAGCUUAUUUUCCUGAGUCAUUGUCUUUGGGUGAAUACAAUAAUGAAAUUCAGAAGCAAAAUGUCGGCUAGGUAUUUUGUAGGUAUGCAUUUCACUUUUGUAUAAAAGCCAGCAUAUCUGAAUUAGGUGAGCAGCUUCUCGGCUUCCUGAUUCGACAUGUUUCUGCGUGUGUGCAACUUGACAAUGUUAUUGACUAUGCGAUUAUGGUGAUGUAAUGUGCAAACUUCAUAUGUGCAUUUUCCUGAUCAUUGGACAUUAUUAGUCCCCUAUCAGGAACAGAACUUGCACAUGUAACAUGUAUUUAUUUUUAAUCACAAAGGAUGUAUUUCUCAAAAUAGCACUUUUGGAGCAGGGGAGGGAGGGAAACUGCCAUGCUCUAUAACCCUCCAUGGGAUAUGCAUAUGCCUGAGGUGUAUAAAACAUUUAGCUAGUUAAUGGGCAUGUUAAUAAGAGAAUUCUGAUGCAAAAUUCAUUUUCAAAAUGAAAAUAUUUAUCCUUCCCCAAAGUAAGAAUGCAAACUCCAGUGACCAGAGCACCACAGUUACAAUAGAGUAUUUCCCUGUGAAGGCCUGGCAUUAACGAAACAAACUUGAACACCUAUGAGGCUGAGCCAGGUUCCUUGAAAGACUUCAUAGCACUGUCUGUUUCCCAGGUGAGCUAUAGAGGCAUAGCUUACUUCUGGACCCUGGAUAUUCAUAUUCAGUUCAAAAUAAGCAUACAGAAAUUGUCUGGUACCUGUGGUGCUUUAUAAUAUAGUCACACAUAUUGUUUUUUUAAAGUACACGAUGCUGCAAGCCUGUUUCCUUUACAAACACUCGCACAAUUUCAAAAGAGGGAUUUGCUGUGGCCAGUCUCCCUGCUUCUUUAGGUGGGAUGUGAUGAAGCCCAGGCAUUAGAUGCUGAAGUCAAGCUUAGGCUUGUAUGGUCGUAGCCUGGUGUGGAAGCUCAGCAUCCUAAUAACUGCCUGGGGAUACCUACCCCACCGAACACACACAGCUCAGACUUCAGUCCAUCUGUGUUCCCCGAGAACAAUGUGAAGAGUCCUGGAACAGAACUCAUCAACUGUCAGGGGCCUAUGUAGCCAAAAUGUCACUGUAAAAUUGUGUUGCCUCCUGUUCUCAUGUUUGUCACAGUAAGGCAAGCAAACGGCAUUUCUACUAUAAUUUAAAGGAGCUGCUUUUUUUAAUAGCAUACACUAUUUAGCUUUGACCUAUAUUUUAUAGUCACAAAAUAAUCUAGACUGUAGAGAGAAUUUGUUGUGUUUGUGCUGUUCACGAAUGUUCCAGAAAAGUGCUUUACCUGGUUCCCCUCAUUUCCUGACUCUGCUGUAUUCCCUCCUUGCUUCGCAGAAAUCUGGUCUCAUUUAUGUUUUCAGUAUCAUUUGAUUUUAAAAUGUGUUCGUGUGUAUUGUUCCUUCUUUUGGUCAGUAUUCUAAAUGUUUACAUCUGUCUGACAUUAGCCGUGUAAUGCCUUUUUUUUUUCAAAGGCGGAAUUUACUCCUCCAGCGUGACAGCAAAAUGUGAAGUCAACCAGAACACACCACGCAUGGCACACACAGACUGGGGGCCAAGGCCCUGCCUGUACACAGACAUUUCCUAUCAGCAUAGAGAAAAGUGAAACCCUCCUUCAGUCCUCUACCAAAGAAUAUAUUAUUCCCACAGGAAAAACUCAGAAAGGUGUGUAAAACCCUCAGGAGGAGGUGCAGUUGAUCCAUAAGACUGCUACAACGGAAUAGCGUUAUGCUUGCUCUGAUACCUGACUAAAUGUGACUGGCUGCAACAAGCGUUUCAAAAGAAAGUUUUAGGCAGUGUUUUGUUUAGAAUUCAGGGAUCAUGCAUUCUUUAAUGGUGCUGUUUGUUUUUUUAUUUCUUCUUUUCUACAAAGAAUAAAAAGUGUUGCCUACACAAGUGACUGCUCAUGAUGAUGUAAGUUAAAUGGAACGUCCGUCUCUAUGUUUCCAUGUUCCUCCCUUUCUCCAAGUAAGAAUUUGGUUUCAGUAUCAAAAUAUUCUGGAGAAAAUAAAGAAGUGAAAACACGAAA